CGUUCUUGCUGAGAGGGGAUUUUUGUGAUACAAGGUCCAAGCUGUUAGCUUCAUGACUGCACUGAGCAGGGAAUCGCCAACACCAUGCGAGCACAAAUUGAAGUGAUACCAUGCAAAAUUUGUGGAGAUAAGUCCUCUGGAAUACACUAUGGAGUCAUCACAUGUGAAGGCUGCAAGGGUUUCUUUAGGAGGAGUCAGCAGAACAAUGCCUCUUACUCCUGCCCCAGGCAGAGAAACUGUUUAAUUGACAGAACCAACAGAAAUCGUUGCCAACACUGCCGACUGCAGAAGUGUCUUGCCCUAGGAAUGUCUAGAGACGCUGUGAAAUUUGGAAGAAUGUCCAAAAAGCAGAGGGACAGCCUGUAUGCUGAAGUGCAGAAGCACCAGCAGCGAUUACAGGAGCAACGGCAGCAGCAGAGUGGUGAGGCAGAAGCCCUUGCCAGGGUAUACAGCAGCAGCAUCAGUAAUGGCUUGAGCAACCUGAACAACGAAACUGGUGGCACUUACUCAAAUGGGCAUGUCAUUGACCUGCCAAAGUCCGAGGGUUAUUAUAAUGUGGAUUCUGCCCAGCCCUCCCCAGAUCAGUCUGGGUUAGACAUGACUGGAAUCAAACAGAUAAAGCAGGAACCUAUCUAUGACCUCACUUCUGUACCAAACUUGUUUACCUAUAGCUCUUUCAACAAUGGGCAGUUAGCUCCGGGGAUAACCAUGACUGAAAUAGAUCGAAUUGCACAGAAUAUCAUUAAGUCCCAUUUGGAGACGUGUCAAUAUACAAUGGAUGAACUACACCAGCUAGCAUGGCAAACCCACACGUAUGAAGAAAUUAAAGUAUACCAGAGCAAGGCAAGAGAAGCACUGUGGCAGCAGUGUGCCAUCCAGAUCACUCAUGCUAUUCAGUACGUAGUGGAGUUUGCAAAGCGGAUAACAGGCUUCAUGGAGCUCUGUCAAAAUGAUCAAAUUCUACUCCUUAAAUCAGGCUGCUUGGAAGUGGUUUUGGUGAGAAUGUGCCGUGCCUUCAACCCACUCAACAACACUGUUUUGUUUGAAGGAAAGUAUGGAGGAAUGCAAAUGUUCAAAGCUUUGGGUUCUGAUGAUCUGGUGAAUGAAGCGUUUGACUUUGCAAAGAAUUUAUGUUCCUUACAGCUGACUGAGGAAGAGAUUGCGUUGUUUUCGUCUGCUGUUCUGAUAUCACCAGAUCGAGCCUGGCUAAUAGAACCAAGAAAGGUCCAGAAACUUCAGGAAAAGAUUUAUUUUGCACUUCAACAUGUGAUUCAGAAGAACCAUCUUGAUGAUGAGACCUUGGCAAAGUUAGUAGCCAAGAUACCAACCAUUACUGCACUUUGCAACUUGCAUGGAGAGAAACUGCAGGUAUUUAAGCAAUCUCAUCCAGAUAUAGUGAAUACACUGUUUCCUCCAUUGUACAAGGAGCUUUUCAAUCCAGACUCUACCACGGGCUGCAAGUGAAGGGGAAGAUAGAAUUGUCACAUAGUCCUGGAAUGCAUCACUGUUAAGACAAAAGAAAUGUUUUCAUGAAGACUUAUUAAAAAUGUCACUACUGCAACACUAGGAAUGUCCUGCACUUAAUAGAAUUAUUUUUCACCGCUACAGUUUGAAGAAUGUAAAUAUGCACCUCUGAGUGGGGCUCUUUUAUUCUUGUCUUUCUUUUACUUCUUUUUUUUUUUAACUGACCAUAAAUAUACAAAUAUAGGACACUGGGUGUUACCUUUUUUAUUUUAUUUUAUUGGGGUAUGUUUUGGGAGACAACUGUUCAUAGAAUUUUAUUGUAGAUAUAAAUGAGAAUAGAGCGGUACUUUGCAGUAUUACUCUUGCUGUUUAUUGUUCAAAUAUAAUUUAAGAAAAUUCCACUUAUUACACUUGCCUAUUUCUAUGUUUUUAGAUAGUUUAAUGCAUGUAGAAAUUUAUAGCUGUCUUGGAAAUUGUUGUGCAUAUAUGAAAUAUACAUAUGUAUGUGUACUAUAGACAUAUAUAUAUGUAAUAUAUGCACAUGCUUUAGCUUAAAAAUCCCAUGCCUACUUUCAAAGGAUGCUCAGUCAGGCUCUCCUGCAGGUUUUACUCUCCAAGUCAUGUAUUAAAUUUAUGUUGGGCAAUCAGGAUUUUGCUCUGUGAGGCAGAGUUAAAUCCUCACUCACCAAUGUAUAAUGAAAGGACGGUAUCGCUUCUGAGAAACUUGUCAUAUAGUGUGUAUAUGCAGUCUGCAGUCUGUAAAUCAAACAUUAAGAUUGUAUCAAUGAUGCAAAAGCCUUGUCUGGAUGGUUCAAAUGGACAGAGGAAAAGUUAUUUGGAAUUUUCUCCCUGUUAACGGGAAUAAAGCAUAUAUAAAAAUGAACAUAACAGGACAGCAUGCCAGUAAAGUAUCCAAACCGCAGAGUCAAAAUGUAAAUUAUCCCAAACAGAACAUUAUUGUGAAUCAGCAAAACAUUAUAUUUUAUUAGCGCUUCUUAGAGAAAUAGAUACAGGGCCCAUCUUGCUCCCAUUGACUUAAAUUGAACCAGCAGAAGGCCCAAAAUAUAGCUUUGAAGAGUAAAAAUGUGAUGUGGUGAUGGUUGUGGUGAUGAUGACAGUGACACUCUGUCGCCAGCUAAGUCACCAUAAGCUGUUGGAUGACAAUGGAGGGUUUCCAUUUCAUAAAACUAUCUUGCUCAGGUGCUACUAUUAGAGGUUCAGGAUAGGCAAGUGAAGGGAUGUGAUUUUUUUUUACAGAUUUGAAUUAAAAAUAGAGCUAGGCCUGAGUAGCAGCAUUCAAAUGCAAAUGUGAAUCGGUCCCAGAUCAUUCUCCCAAACUUGAGAGUGUUCAAAUCCAUGGUUUGUCUUCAUGUUUGUCUCUUUGUGCCGCAGAUACUGGGCAGAGGGGAGUGGGAGCUUUUCACAAGCUGAAAAGGCAGUAAUGAAGAAUGUGUUUGUUUCUCCCAGAUCCACACACAGUAGACCUUCCACCUGUGGAAAGAUGAGGGAUUCAGCUUCCCCCAUAGCACAAUCCCUACUGUCCCCUUAUCCUGCGGAGGCUUCUCCAUAAGUUCAGGGACCUGAGAGUGGAUAGCUGGCAAAGAGGGAGAAUUCUGAGGGUGUGGGCCACAGUGAGAUGAAUUUCCCUCCCCACUCUCCCACCCCCCAAACCACACAGAAAUUAAUAGUCAUUCAGCACAGUGGAACUACCCUGUAAAGGGAUUUCUGCGGCCUGCAUGGAAAGCCCUGUCGGUAUGGCUCCACAGUGGAACUGUGUUGAUAGGGAGCUGGAGGAGACACCCCAAGACCCCACAGCUGAUGUGCAGGUGCAGGGUUUCCACACGGGUAGCCCUGAGCCUCUGGCCCAUUUCUAGGAAUCUGCAGGAUUCUGGUCUGAAUCUCCUCCUCCUCCUUCCUCAGGGACCAAACCCCACAUCUUAUCAACGAAUCCAUAGGAAACUCUGAUAAGGGAAUUUCCUUUCCCCCACUGGCCACUCUUCUGUUUCUUUGGCAUGGGAGUGGCCUAUCUGAGCAAAGUUAAGAAUUGUUUGUCUCACAUGCUCAUUUUCUUUCGUAAUCACAGACAAGACACAACAGCAAUAAUUUUUUUAAGCCUCUAUUAUGCAUGUAACCUAUAGUUUUAUACUAAAUCAUUUUUUCUACCGGCCAGUUUCUAAUCUCAAAAAAUGCACAGCUGACGUAGUUCUGCUGGGAAAGGAUUUGUUGUAAACCUGAUUGUGCUUGCAAAAUUACUUUGUACUGUAAUCCAUUUCUGAAAUAACUUGUUUUCCAAACCAGGGCCAUGUCCCCUGAUAUUACUAAUUACACCAAAAAUGUCCUCAGUUAAAAUAAACAAAUAAAAUUUGCACUUCUAUAGCAACUUCCAUCUCAAUACAACUUACAAAUACUGAUUUAACCCUAGAACACCCUUGUAUGGUGAGGAAUGUAUUUAUAUCCCCAUUUUACAAAGGAGGAAAGUGAAGCACAAGAAUACUAAGGGGCUGACCCUGUACCUCCAAAGUGAGAGUUUUACUUGACUUCAUCUGAAGCAGAAUUUAGAACCAAUGUGUGACUUGCUAAAGGACAUGCAGGACAUCUGUGGCAGAAUGAUGAGUAGAACCCAAAUUCCAUUCUUCCUCCUCAUAUUAUUACUGUCUAAAGCCUUGGUUAUCCGAAUUUACUCAGUGACCCUCCAGACAAUCAAGGUAUGCAAAUAAGUUACAAUAAGAACAAAUAAAUGUAAAUACAGCUAAAAAUAAAACUACCCACCAGGUCAGGUGGUAGCAGCUCAGAAGAAUAUAUUUAUAAUUAUACAUGGUUAGUCCCCUGCUUGUCUUUUUUUAAGCACAAGAACAAAAACAUAUAGUUGAAAACCCUCAAAGUGUUUGUUUUAGUGUUGUGGUGACCAGACAUCAUAAAUUUAGCCCAUCCUCCAGACCCAUGGAGUAAGUGAUUAAAUAUAAUUGUCCUUUUUGGGGGGUAAAUAAUGAGGCUUUGUUAUGUGGGUAAAUAAGAACAGUCCUUCAUUAUGCUGUGUUGCUUCCUGAAAAGUUAUUCAUUCCUUUUCUUUCAUAAAAUAAAACAACUAUCUUUGGGAAUUUUACCUCUUGUACUCUAGUCAAGCUAACUGGAUGUAGACACAAAAGAUAUUACUUAGCAUUUAUAUAGUGCUUUUCUUCAUCAAAGCACUUACUUUACCCUCAACCAGUUAAACCUUGCAACACUCUUCAUGCAUAAGGAUUAUUAUACCUAUUUUAAAAUGGUGAAACGCAGGCAAAUUAAUUAAGAACCUUGCCUAAGGCUACAGAAGAAUCAGUGUCCAAACUGGGAUUAGAAAACAGGGAUUUUUUUCUUAAAUAAUUUUUAAUGUGCACUGCUGCCCCUUUGCACUGAGAUGUGUAUAACAGUGGUGUUUAAAAAUUGCUGAUUCACAGAACCUUGAUCACCAUUAAAAAGGCAACAGUUAUCAACAGUUACCACUAUAAUUAUUCAAUUUAUUCCUUGCAAAUUAUAUUUGUUGUGAAUUUAGCAUCCCACUUUUUUAUUGCUUUUGAAUAAUUUGCUCAUACACCCUGAUUUUUUCCAAUUUAUUUGUUAGUAUUCACUGAAUACCUAAUACAAACAAAUUUUGAUACAACUUGUUUGCAAAUGUUGACUAGUUGCUAAUUGCUAUUCAUUAGCUGUGGCGUGAGACUGGUAAUUUAAGUAAAAUGGUAUUGUUUCUGCUCCUUGACUGGAUGACUAAAACUUUUAAAACCCAGAGAAUAAUGACUAAUCAAUCAUGCACUCUAGUGCGAAUUUUUGGAUGAUGAUUCAUUUGUGCUCAAAUUUGAAAAAAUUGGGGAUUUGAUACCUUUUUCAUGAAUAGAUGACAACCAUAUUAAGAACAAUGUACAAUAUGAGCUCCACACUUAACAGCACACGGAACAUAGUUUUUUAUUUAUUUCAGAAAGUAUUUGUGGAUCAUUUUAUAUAUUAUUCGUAGCUCUAGUGAUUCCACAGUUGUAUCAAAGACAGCAAAGGUUAAUUCCCUACAAUUAGAAUAUGUCAUAUUUCAGCCACCACUGUGUUAACUACUGAUACAUGGAGACUUUUUUAACGGCAAGCACUUUAGAUUAGACUGAUUUUCAAUGACUGAUUAAUCUCAAUGCUUUAACAAAAAAAGAAAGUUUUAAAAAAUGAUUCCUGCUCCUCCAUUUCUGGUAUUGUAUUCAGAUAAUUCAACCACAUUGAACCAAAUUAUCCACACCAUCUGAACAGACAGAUGUAGACGGUUUGUUACACUACUACAGAGAUUUAAUUUUGGUGUAAAUGUCACUCCUGUUAGCUCUUUGUAUAAAGAAUUAAUUCCAAGAGUCAUAUUUCCUUCUAAUGGGAAAAUUACUUUCCUGAUUGCUGGGAAAACAGGGUAAUAGAAGUCACUCAAUUAAACUGAGCAGUUUCCAAAUACAAUAUAUGUUUUGAUUGGUUUGUGAUUGGCAGCAUUUGGGGUCUGAUUCUGCAAUUUGUCGAGCUCCCUUAGCUCCAGUUAUAGAUAAUGAAAUUGGAGGCCCCUCAGCACCUCCCAGGAGGUAUUUGGCACCUGAUAUAAUCAAAGGCCUCAGAGUUUGGAGCUCCCAUUUGAGCUUUGUGGAAUGCAUGUCAAAUGUUGCCUUCAUACUUAUUUUAAUGUUUUUACUUUGUGGUUCCCAUUGUUAAUUUCAGCUCCCUUGCACAUGGGAUAAUUUAUUUCCUCCACUUCACCUUCGAUUUUUAGAUUGGGCCAAUUUAUGUGUUUAGGAAGGUGGGGAGGAUGAAAAGUUUAUUACCCAAGACAAGUUUUACGAAGUGAUUGAUUUUUUUGUUUAUGUUCCUCAUAGGUAGCCUGCAGUAGUCUGAGUUUUUCUUUGGGUUAGCUGUGGUUUGUUCCCUCUCUCACUCCCUAUAAUGACAUUUACACGGAAAAGGGGGCAAAUCCUGUUCCUUGUGAACAGUUGUGUAAAUAAACUGUGUAGAGAAGUGCUCUGCAAAGGCUGGGGAAAGGCUUGCCCCCUUCCACCUCCAUUCCAAAUUGUGGAAUGAUAGUAGAGCUGCUUCCUGGAGGCUACUGUAGCCUCCGAUGUGCUGCAGCCCCUAGGACUUGGAAUUUGUUCUGGCAGGUAGAUCUGAAUAAUCACAGAUACACAGGUCCUGGCCUCUGCCCCCAAAAUCUCCCCUAUGCUACUAUGGAGCUGUACAACAUGUCACAAAGGGUGUUCAGUCUCCCUACAUCUUCCCCCUAACACUAUCCUUCCCCAUGCAGUCUAUCGCCAUUGGUUGUGCUGCAAUCAGAAUCACACAAAGCCCUUGCUAGGACUGGAGGAUUUGGCCAUAUUAUUAUACAAUAUUAUGCAUUCCUGAAAUAUAACGGGGUAAUGAGAUGAGAAUGAAACAUGAUACCAUCAUUUUGGGCUAAGCACAUCCUGUAAAAAUAUGUGUGUUGAAACUGAAACCCAAGACAAACAUAGCUUCCUUUUCCCUGACACUAACAAAAUAUCUAUUCUUAAAAUUACCCAGCACUUUCUGCCUCCACUGUAAGGACUACCUACUGUCUCUGACAUCCUGUAAAAACAGUGGAUCAGAGAAUCAGUCCUCUUCUUUCCUUUAAAGUUUCACACUUUGUAAAUGACAAUCACUGCUUGAUGCAGAUGUUGCACUGUAUGCCACUCAGGGAUGUUUCAUUAUUAAAAAUAAACUAUAAUGGUAAUAAUAAGGAAAAGAAUGUUAGAGGCUUUGAAGGGCACCCAUUUAGAUGCCCAAAUGAGAGAUCCAGACAAGGCUUUCAAGCCAAUGAUUAGAAAUGACAUUGGUUAGAAACUGAAUUCACUGUCAUUGUUGCCUCAGCUCAGUGCAGUACCUUCUUCACUUAUUGUUUUACAUUCAGUACAGUGUUUCUGAGCAAUUAAUUCAUGUUUUUGAAAUGUCCCCACAGAAUCAGAAUGUAAAUUAGCUCUGUAUGAUUUACUGAAUUUAGACUAUUGACGAAAGAAAGUUUGAUUUAAAGGUACUGAGGUAAGGUACCAUUAAUCUGGGCUAUAUUGAGAAUGGCUGGAGGCAUGUAGGAUGAAGGACUGGGACACAGAAUAAAUGAUAACAUGUUGGUAGUAACAGCCACCAUUUUGCUGACUGACCAUAUGGAGAAAUAAUCACUGAGAGCAAGCAAUAGAAAAGAAAGAGAUUAACUACGCUCCUUUCCUCUCAUGGAUGUAUCAGAUCAUCAAACCCAAUCCCCAUCUGGGCCACUAAGCCAACUCUUCUCCCAGCCUAUACCCAUGGGCUUCUGAGCUCAUGCUCAUUUCUGACUGAGACACUGGUAUUUUUUGCUACUCCACCAGAGGCAUGAUAUUCCCAUAUUCCAAAUACACUAGAAUUGGGAGUCUAUGCUCCUCCUCCCCAGUCCUACUCCUCGAUGCCUUAAGCAGGCCCCUACUUCAUCUGUUUACAUGAACUGCCUUGCCCUCAGUGUGCAGGGAACUCGAAAACACACACACACACACACAAAAUCAAUUCCCUUCAGGUCCCUGACCUAGCUAAGCUGUUCCUACCCCCUGACCAUGAUAAGAUCACAUCACUUCUCCCAAGUGUGUUAGGGGUGAGGGCAGCUAGGAUCCCUUUCUACCUCUGUGUCCCCCAUAUAGGAAUGAUGAGUGAGAAACCUCACAUCAAGAGUUGGAAGGGAGAGAUUAAGGCCCCUGCUACCAGUGGUUUAAAGCUAUUGAUCUAGCUAGCUGAGUUCUUAUACUGGCAACCAUCACCAUAGUAGCUAGCACCUUGCAGCUUGAGUUUAGGCUAUUCAAUUUUCUGGGCUACUUCGAGCCUGUCAUGGAGGUUAUGGAGAUCCACAGGUACUGCAUCAGCACAUCAGAAGGCAGAGCCCCCAGACCAAUCUCAAAUAUGACUGGGACACUCAAGAUUUGUGAAGUGACUGGCCCACUUUGGAACAUGCUUAAAGCUAAUUCACCCCAAAGAAGCCCUCCUCUCUCCUUAUCCUGGAGACUUGUGAGACCUUCUCCACUGGAAAGGCAGGAAACUGCCUCCUUUGUCUCUCUCUCUCUGCCAGCAAAGGCAAGUGGAUUGGACUUUAUGGUUCUCACAGUUAAUCUUGUAAAUCACUAAUGGUAAUAUCCCACUAAUGCACAGUCUCCGAAGUGGUCGAGAAGAAGAUCACUUAACUAUAAAAGUCACUUGCAUGCACAGCCUACACUAUAUAAAAAAAAAAAUAACCAGUGUGAAAAGAGAAAAAAUUCUCCAGUGGUAUCUAAUAGAUCAGUAACUCUCCCUAAAAGGCAGUCUGAAUGUACAAUGACAUGGAUGGAUUAUGCCAAUCUGCUAGUGUCCUUUUUAAACAAUCCUUCCAUUUAGUUUACACUAAAAGCCUAAGGAAACACACAAAAGCAUCCGCGAAUAAGGACUACAUUCUUGUUUGGCGCUUAAUAUUGCCUGAACAUUUAUUGCAGACAAUGCAAAUAAUACUGUUGACAGUGAGUUCAGUGACUCGAUGUAUUGUACGUACAUAUAUUUAUCAUCCUAACAAUUCAACCGCAUCAUAUAGGGAGAGUGAAAGAAAACAUCACUGAAUAUAGCAGCAAUAAAUUCUAAGUGUUUCUUUGUAACUAUACAUGCAGAAAAUGUUUGCUUUGCACGCUGUCUUCUGUACAGUAACAUAAAGAAAAAACUUCAUCUACUGUAGAUAUGACAAUGUUUUUCCAUAUUUGUUGGACUUUGAUUGAAGAUACUGCUGUUGGGAAACAUGUAUAUGCUUCAAGGCAAGGCAACACUCCUUGUUUAUUGCUAUACAUUGGCAACAGUGAAACUAUAUCUGGACAGAAUUAGAAAAUUGUCUCCUUGUUUUCAAUUUUGUAACCACAUUGGGCCCUUAUUAUUCAAGCAGCAAAAGCCCAAAUGCAUUGAAGAACAAAUAGGGCCAGAUGGGCAGCCGCAGAGAACAGACUUUACCUUGAAGACUGUUCUACUUAAAAACAGCUUAUAAAAAAAGCACUUAUAUUUGUCUUGAUUAGACGCCCAGCUUAAGAAAUCAAGUAAAUAGAUUAGUCUGUCAGCUUCUUCUGGGAUUCAAAUGCACUAUAAUUGUUUUCUUUAAAUGUGUCAUUUCAGUGUCUGAAUCAGGCAAAUUUUUUGUUGUUGUUAAUACGAAAUUCUAAUAAUGAUGUAAACCUUUGAGGUUCUAAAGUGUGGACCAUGCAUUUGUGUGCAGUAGAUGGGGAUUUGUUCAUGCACUUAUUAUUAAAAAAAAAUCACUGAAUAGCAUAACAAGUGAACUAGUUGUGGUAAUCUCUGCCUCUUGCAUUACUGCAGUGUGACCUCCAGUGGGCUACAGGGAGCAGCUCAGUGACAGUAUUUGUAGCCAUGACUAAAGCACAACGGAAACUCUAACUGAGCUACUGUUCACACCCUGUUCAAGAAAAUGUAGGGGUGUUUUGAGUUUUAUGCUAAUCUCUGUGGGAUGAUUCCCAUGUCAAACUAAUUGCCCUGGCUGUAAUUGAUGGACAACAAAUAUAAAUGAAUUAGGAAGCUGAAUGACUACAGAAAUCCCUUAUUUUACUACUGCAUUGUCUGCCUCAUCUGAUUAACACUAAAGAAAGUACUAAAAACAAAACAAACAGAAACUGAGUAUGUAUUGUAGAAAUGUAGAGGACAAAUAAAAUAUUUUUUCAAAAGCAAUUACUUUUAAUAUAUGCUUGUGGAAGGUCUACUACUAUGUAUGCUGUCUCUGUAAUUUUUGCUGUAAAUAACUUGGGACAGUGAAUACACUGAUUUUUUCUAUGUCUCUGUUUAAGCAUAAGACUUUGUAACAAUUUUUUUUUUAAACAGGAAAAAACAUCAAAGAGCAAACUAUGUACUUGCUUCCUAUAAGUGUAAUGUUUUCUUCAGUUUUUAAUGGAAACUGAUUGUAACAGUUAAAGCCUUUUGAUCAGCCAUUGGUGUUUAGAGUAUACUUCUGCUUGUAAUGGGGGAAGAAUAAGACAGGUCUGUCAAUGACACCUGUUCCCAAUGAGUCUGUAAAGUGAAUAUUGUGCUAAUAAUACCUGAAGACCGCAUUUGAACAAUACAAUUUGCAAAAGGUUACUCAAGCAAAUAAUGUUUCCUUACAGAGUAUGGCUUUUAUGAAUCUUUCCAGCAUGAAUUAUAUUAAUAAAAACAAAUUCUUCUUUCCCAUGAACUAAAUAUUUUUGUAUGCUUUUAAUUUCUUAUUCAGAUUUGAGGUCAGGCCACUCAUUAGCUGUAAUCUGAAGCCAUAACUGACCUUCGCCAAAUAAACAUUUUAAAGAUCACAAUAGAAAAAAGAAACUGUGUCCAGUGUAUCAACAGCUAUAACAACACAAGCAGGAGCAUAAAUAACAUGCAAACCAUUUGGAUGCCUUUCCUGCAUCCUAAAUAUGAUUUUAAUGGCUAGUAUUUUAUGAUUACCAAUUUAUAAAUAAAAUAAAAAUAGCUAUUUAGAUUUAAAUGAAACUUUCUAAUAUUUUUAAUAUCCCUGAAAAUGCUUCCUUGCUUUUAGGAUUGUGAGCGGAUAUGAUUUUUCAUAUACUUCCAAGUUUCAAAGGUUUAAUGUUUUUAUCCUAUUUCCAAUUACUUUUGUUAGCGUGAAGUGAGAUGUUAAUUCCCAGAUUUCAAAACCCUGAGCUAUUUGGUGCUUGGCUGUAGCUACAUUGUUGUAAAUUGAUUUAAUUUGAUUUUGGGGGGGGAAGGCGGGGUAACUUGCUACACAGUGAGCAUGCUCACCACUUUAGCAACACACAAGAGCUUCAUUGCCUGAUGACGAGUGUAAAAAAAAUCAAAUAAAAAAUGACUCACACUCAAAGCAGAAUGAAAAGUACUUUCUAAAGCUAAAUGCCUCCUAGAGCCAACAUUGAUUUUUGUUUCUGAAGCUUAAUUGUAUAAUAAUAAUAAUAAAUUAAUCAUGAAUGAUGUAUUUUUACUAGCCUGUAGAUGCAAAAAGCAAAACCACAAAUGACAAAGAGACAUAUUGGUUGAAACUCUGGCCCCAUUGAAGUCAAUGGCAAAAGUCAUAUUGACUUUAACAGAGCAAGGAUAUCAUCCACUGUUUUUACAUCUGCAGUUUUCUUCUGAUCUCUCUCUGCUCUCUUUCUCCCCUGUUUAAUAUAUGAGCCCUAAUUUAUGUGUAUGUGAGUAAAACUACAGCCUGAUUCAUUUAGAAAGUGACCAUUGAGGGGUUUUUUUUAAGAUCAUGAAUACCCUAGAACCAGCAUCCCUGUCGAAUAAAAAGGUUUUAUAUUGCUUUAGAAUGUAAUAGAUUUUUGUCUUAUUUUAUGUCCUGUAAUUUAUUAGUUCAAUACUUUUAGCAUUCCAUAAUAAUGCACACAUGAUUUUUGAAUGUUUUCUGUAAAUGACAAUCAAUGUUGAUGAAGUUCCUUUCUUUAACGCUGAAUUAAAAAAAACUGUAUAAGAAAAUAAAA